CCGGCUGAUCCCGCCGCGCGCCUCUGCGCUCAGUUCUCGCCAGUCGAGUGAGCGCUCCGAUAGCGAACAUGGCUUGUCCGAAGACGAUGUGCUUGUGCGCGUGUUUUAUUUUGUUUACUGUGGCGGCAGAGGCCGCCCUCUCCGGAUUGUAUAUCGACAAUGGCGUGGAUCAGACUGUCAUACAUCACUCGAUGACAAGACACGAGCGGAUGGUGGUAGAACAUGAGAUAUUAGAACUGUUAGGUCUUGGGGAGAGGCCACGUCGAGCUCGAGCGCCUCCGCUGGACCGUUCGGCGCCCAGUUUCUUAUUAGACGUAUACAAGCAGCUUGCCGAAGAACAUGAGCAGGCUCGCCCGACUCGUAGCUCGGAGAUGGCCCUCAGCGGUGAUGAGCAGCAUGCUAUUGAUGAGAGUGACCUCAUCAUGACCUUUCAGAGCAAGAGGCAUCAUUUGGGAGCAUUACGACAUGGUCACGGCCGACACGUCUGGUUCGAGGUGACAGGAGCACCUGGCGAUGCGUCUGCGCUUUUGUCAGCGGAACUGCGUUUACACCAAGCGCCUACGCACACCGAGGACCCAACCGCCCUCUACACAGUCGUUGCUCACAGGGUUAUCAGCGUUGACAAUUUGGGGAGUUUGCAAAUGGAGAAGGUGGCCGCGGUGAAUACUAGUGCUGGUGCCGAGGGCUGGUUGGAGCUGAAUGUGACUAGUGCGCUGGGGGCGUGGCUCUCAUCUCCGGCAGACAAUCGAGGCUUCUUCAUUACGCUGCAUCCUCACUCGCAGCCAGAACGUCACGUGAAGCCUGAAGAGAUUGGUUUGGAGGAGCCUCGUGGAGUUAUAGUGGAGGGGAAGCAGCCGUUCGUAGUGGCCUUCUUCAAGAGUGGACCGAAGCUGGCCGGCGCAGACGCAGGCGCUCGGAGGAAGCGCGAGGCGAGGCGGUGGCGCUCCCACGGAUAUUCUGAGAACUACCUUAGGAAUCCACUUACAGAUACAUCUCAUUGGACCACGAGAAGUUGUGAGAUCCAGACUUUGUACGUCAGUUUUAAGGACUUAGAAUGGCAGGACUGGAUCAUAGCUCCGGAUGGUUACGGUGCGUUCUACUGCAGCGGCGAGUGCAACUUCCCUCUGAACGCGCAUAAGAAUGCCACCAACCACGCCAUCGUACAAACUCUAGUACAUCUACUCAAUCCUACGAAGGUUCCGAAGCCGUCGUGUGCGCCGAUCAAGCUGUCCCCGAUAUCAGUGUUGUACUACACGGAUGACUCCAACGUAAUCUUGCGCAAGUACAAAAACAUGGUCGUCAAGAGUUGUGGCUGUCAUUGAUUGGGAAAACACUGUAUUCAACGAAACACUAGUCUCUUAACAUUACGCUUCUAAGUAAAUUUUAGCAGAAGCUGUAGUUUACUCAAUAAUUAGAAUUAGUUUGUAUAUUAUUUAAGUAAACGUUUCGAUUUAAGAGAAAGAAAUAAUUGUACUAAAAACAGAAGUAUAAUUUGGUUGAGCCAUUUAGUAAACACGUCUCAAAUGUAGAGUACCUAGCUUAAUAUAGAGCCAAAUCAAAAAUUCGUGACAAAUGUGAUUUAUUAUCAUAUUGAUGUCAAUGAAUCUACUUAAGUUCAAUAACAUAUAUCAAAUUUAUUUAAUAAAAGUAUUGUUGCCAUCGUAAAUAAAUUGUAAGUAGGUAGUAUUGAUAAAAUUUGCAGUAAUAUGAACAAUCAAUUAAUCAUGAUAAAAUGAGUAACGUAAUAUAGUCUUAUCUAUUUGUGUCACAGAAACAAGAAAAGAGUUUAAUAUGCAGUAGGAUUAUUGCUUGGAUAUAAAAUUAGCAUUUUUAUAACUGAAACAUUAAUUCACUUGUGCGUCCGAAAAGUUGGAACGUUGUUUUGUAUUCUGUUUUAUUUCUCUACAUUUUAUGAUUGUAUUUUUAUAAUGUACUUUAGAUAUGUACCUGUAAACGUUUUAAUAUAAAAGAACUGAUGGUCAUCUAGUGUUUUAGUGGUAAAUAGAUUUCUCGAAAAAAAAAAAUGAAAUGAUCUGUUAUACUUAGCAUCUAUGAUAUGUAUUGCUUUAAUUAAGUUUUAUUACUUACGAAUAUUUAUAAAGCAUGUUUAAGAUUUAUAAAAAAGUGUGAUCAUAAUUGUAACACACAUAUAAAGUCAACUUGCCUUCCCAGAAUUACAAAGUCACCUUGUACUAUCGCUGUGAUUGCUGUACUAUAGGAUCGCGUAAAUACUCCGUCCUUCUCCUUUCCAGUGGGAUAUCCACAGAAUAUAUUUUUUAUAUGUUUAUAUUGAAUUGUUUUGUAAAGGACAGUCUACAGUUGUAAAGGAUAUUAACAACAAAGAAUAUAUUGAUGGUUAUGAGUCCGAAAAAUAAAUAUUCGAUUCGACAUUAACCAAUCGACUUCCCAUUUCCACUAUUUUUGUUUUUAUGUUUAAAAUUCUUUAUCAAAUCUUUAUCCGGAGAAUGACCCUGCAAUUGUAAUUGUACCUACACACUCGUUUUAAUAACAUGUCGUAACGCCCCCGUGCGCUGUUGUAAAAUAAUAUAGUUAGUUCUACAAGAAAUAUAAAGAAAAUAGGUUCUUUCAACAAGGGUCAUAACAAAAAGAGAUUUAUCCAAUUUGAUGCAAGCAUUCUUAAGUUAUGGCGUCGCCAAAGGAAUAAGGGAUUUUUAUUAUAAAAUAAAUUAUGUAAUUCGUAAUUAUAAUGCCAUCUUUAGUUAAGAAAAUCAGAACAAUUUGUAUUUUACUUUAGCCAAGUAAUGUAUGUGCCAAUUCAACAACAAGUUUUUUGAUGAAUAUUUACAUGUCAUAGUUUAUAUUAUUUUGUACAAUGAAAAUAAUGAAUUUAAGAUGUAAAAUUGUGUAAUAAAGGAUUUUACUUUUUUA